AUGCUUCCGGGUGAUCAGUUUCCAGAGAAGGAUGAUGCUAUUUUCGGUCUCUGUACUGCAACACAACUGAGUAGGGCAGGGUUAAGUGUAUAUCGGAAUUAUUUGGAAUUGGAAAUCCCUGAACUGAAGGUAAAAGGAAACACCGAAUGCAUCAUGAGAAAUGUCAUGGCUUUGGAACAGUUUGUUUAUCGGGAUGAGCCUUUUAUCUGCAAUUAUGUUUUCCUGCUGGAACAACUCACCAGCACCGCCGAAGAUGUGGAAUUUAUGAUCGACAAGAAAAUUGUUCACAAGUGGCUUGGCAGCAAUGAGGAAGUGGUUCGCAUGGUUAACAAACUGUGUGGCCAAAUUGUGGUAUCACGUUACUUCUACGCUGGUCUUUGCCAAAGACUUAACCAGUAUUAUGACAAUCCCUGGAACUUUUUCAAGGCAACCCUCAUGAGGGUUUACUUCAAGGAUCUUUUCACCAUUUGUUCCACGAUUAUUGGAAUUGUUUUCCUUGUAUUCUCCUUCUUCUCUACCUAUUCAACCAUCAAGAGUCUCUUCUUUUAA